UGUACAUGGGACAAAUAUCUGAGUCCCACAUGUCGCUACUUGUCUAGCUGUGAUCAAUGUCAGACCGCCAGUCUGACACAUAAAUGACGUCUGUGGUGAAAGAACUUAUUACGUGAGGGUUGGUUUUAAAUGUCACACAUUAGACUAAGCUUUUAGAAUCUUACAUUUGCACCCUGAACAGCUCCAAAUUUCAUGCUGCUGAUGUUUUAAGAUGUUGUACCUGGCCUUAGUCACCACUUUUGUUCUACACAUGACGUCAUUAUCUCAAGCUCAGUACACUAUACCGCCCACAUCCUUUAUAAGCUACCUAGACCUGUUCAACGAGAUAGGUGAUCCUAGUCGACUAACAUCAGGACGUGUCGUCAUACAGAUGAACUACUACGGUGAAUUUAACAGCUCAAUCUGUGUGACUGGAUGGGAUAACAAUGAUGCCAGAGUCGUCUGCAGGAUGUUAGGAUUGACUGGUGGCACGGCUUUGCCUCCUGAUGAGCGUUUUGGUGCAGGAAUCCGCAACUUUGUCCUAUCAGGACUCCAGUGUACGGGUACUGAGGCGACCCUGGAUCUGUGUCCACGGGAAGUGGCUAUUGCCUGUGAAUCCACUGAUAUGGAAGCAACUGUUGCAUGCGAUGGUGUCUCACGAGUCCCAUACUAUUCCUCAGAGAUUUUACUUGGCGAGUAUGUCGGCUCUGGGAAAUUGUAUUUGCCAGCCAACAGUCUAGACUACGGAAACGUUAUCAACGAGGGGAACAUCCGGCUUAGGACUGCGGAGGGGGUGGAGGGGAUGGGCUAUGUCCAGGUGAGAAACCCUACCACUGGCACCUGGGGGUACGUCUGUGAUGACGAGUGGAGCGAGCUGGACGCUACGGUGGUGUGUCGGGAGCUGAACUAUGCAUCCGAUGAAAUUCGCCCAAGACCCGCUGUUCUGGAAAUAUUCACAACAACUAUCACAAUUAACGAACCCAUAGUUUUAGAUGACGUCAGGUGUCAAGGAACCGAGGCGUCCAUCUCAGACUGCCCACACUCCAGGUGGGGGUCAAACAACUGCAAGGGUGUGAGUCCAGCGGGGGACUUCGCCCAGUUCACAGAAUUCGCCGGUGUCCAGUGCCUGAAUCAACAGGAGCAGUCGCCAUUUCAAAACCCUCCCGCCCCACAAGUCAACUGUACUGCUGAUAGCUUUGUGGUGUCUUUCGUGUACAGCACCAACUCCGUGGAGUGGCUGCCUAUCAGAGGGCUGACGGGAUGUCCAAAUGCACGUGCAAUUACCGUAAAUAAUAAUGUCAAUGUGACCAUACCGCUCUAUGAGUGUGGCACCACUCUCACGUCUAACGGAACCCACAACAUUUACCAAAACUACCUGAACUACGAGAGGUUAACUGGUAGAGACGAACUGACCAACGCUGAAAGAUUCAGGUACACUAUCCAGUGUGCCGCCCCUGUGCAAAUACAAACAGAUUCUAUACGUGUUCAGCCAGUUAUACCUGGACAAAGCAUAACGUUCAGAGUGGAAUAUAACUACGAG